UUGACGUUUGACUUUCGUUCGCCAGCGCACAAGCCAGCUGAAGCGGUGGCACAAUCAGGCUAUCUGUGUAUUUUCGAUACGCAUAGUUCAUGUUAAGUAUUAGUGAAAUUAAGAUCAAUAUUAAAUAAACAAUCAUGUCGGGUAAGGCAAACAAAGCUUUCACAAAAGAAGAAGAAUUGUUGCUUCAAGAUUUCAGCCGGAAUGUUUCGACGAAGUCCUCUGCCCUCUUUUACGGGAAUGCUUUCAUCGUCUCUGCUAUUCCCAUAUGGUUGUUCUGGAGGGUGCACGCCCUCGAGGUGAGCUCGUCCCUGGCGUGGUUCGCGAUGGUGACGACGGCGAGCACCUGGCUGCUGGCCCUGGCCUACAGGAACACUAAGUUCCAGCUGAAGCACCGCGUAGCAGUCCGCAGAGAGGACGCAGUCGCUCGCGAGAUGGCUCGCAAGCUGGCUGAUGAUAAGAAGAUGAGCAGGAAGGAGAAGGACGAGAGGAUUCUAUGGAAAAAGAAUGAAGUGGCUGACUACGAGGCCACCACCUACUCAAUCUUCUACAACAACGCUCUGUUCCUGACCAUCGUGAUCCUGAGCAGCUUCUACCUCCUGCGCUCUUUCACACCCACUGUUAACUACAUUAUUUCCCUCACGGCCGCCUCUGGACUGCUGGCCCUGCUCUCCACCGGAACCAAGUAGAGUAUUGCAAGUGAAUUGUGUUGCCAACAGAAAUAUAUGAACAACACCUACUUCUGUCUUAAGAACUGAAAGUGGCAGCAUUGUGAGUGAGUGAGAUUGUUACUAAAGUUGAGCAUCAAUGCCUCUGUUUUGAUGGGGUACGUGUACUAAACUUUGUACAGUUAUUUAUGUGUUUACAUUGAAUAAAUAUAGAAUAAUUUUAUAAUUUAAUUAUAAUAAAAUAACCAAAAACA